AGGCCCCGCCCCGCCGGCCGUCCAUAUAGCAUAUCUCUGGCUCGCGCGCGCACCAUUGUGUGGCUGGACUCGGCCGCUGCUGCGGUGUGAGGCGCGUGUUCGGGCUCUCGCCGUCCCCGCACCCGCACCGCGGCUCCCGUCUUGCGGUCUAGUGUUCGGUAGCCAGCCUUUGGGCCCUCUGCCAGCCACGGACAUGCCGCGCGUCUACAUAGGACGCCUGAGCUACAACGUCCGGGAGAAGGACAUCCAGCGCUUUUUCAGUGGCUAUGGCCGCCUCCUCGAAGUAGACCUCAAAAAUGGGUACGGCUUCGUGGAGUUCGAGGACUCCCGCGACGCCGACGACGCCGUUUACGAGCUGAACGGCAAGGAGCUCUGCGGCGAGCGCGUGAUCGUGGAGCACGCCCGGGGCCCGCGCCGCGAUCGCGAUGGCUACAGCUACGGAAGCCGCAGUGGUGGAGGUGGAUACAGCAGUCGGAGAACUUCUGGCAGAGACAAAUACGGACCACCUGUUCGUACAGAGUACAGGCUUAUUGUAGAAAACCUAUCUAGUCGUUGCAGUUGGCAAGAUUUAAAGGAUUUUAUGCGACAAGCAGGUGAAGUAACUUAUGCGGAUGCUCAUAAGGAACGCACAAAUGAGGGCGUAAUUGAAUUUCGCUCCUACUCUGACAUGAAGCGUGCUUUGGACAGACUGGAUGGUACCGAAAUAAAUGGCAGAAACAUUAGGCUUAUUGAAGAUAAGCCACGCACAAGCCAUAGGCGGUCUUAUUCUGGAAGCAGAUCUAGGUCACGCUCUAGAAGGAGGUCACGGAGUAGGAGUCGCAGGAGCAGCCGCAGUAGAUCUCGGAGUAUCUCGAAAAGUCGCUCCCGAUCCAGGUCGAGGAGCAAAGGUCGAUCCCGUUCUCGAUCAAAGGGGAGGAAAUCUAGGUCAAAGAGCAAGUCUAAGCCCAAGUCUGAUCGGGGCUCCCGGUCUCGUUCCCGAAGCAGAUCUAAGGAGUAUGAGAAAUCUCGAAGCAGGUCUGGAUCACAGUCUCGAUCCCCCAAAGAAAAUGGAAAAGGUGAUAUAAAGUCAAAAUCCAGAUCAAGGAGCCAGUCUCGUUCCAAUUCACCCCUACCUGUUCCACCCUCAAAGGCUCGUUCUGUGUCCCCUCCACCAAAAAGAGCUACUUCAAGAUCCCGUUCUAGAUCUCGCUCAAAGUCAAGAUCAAGGUCCAGAUCAAGUUCCAGAGAUUAACCCAGAACUCUACAUUCUUUGCACACUAUUACAGAACAUUUUCCUACUUGCUUAGGCAGUUACUCUUCCAUGUUUAUACUUGGCCUCUUCUGCAAGAAGAAUCUCUUGAAAACAGGGGCACAGAGAAAUUUGAUUUGUGGCCAAAUUUGAUGAAAAAGAUAAGGUUCUAAGGAAUGGUGGCAUGAAGUCAGAGACCCUCUCUUCUUUGUAGAAUUAAGAUAACUUUGAUUUUAUAGCUUUUGAGCUAAAAUAACUUUUGUAAAGAUUAAGCUCAUUUAGAUUUUUUUUUUUUUAAGUAUUUCAGCAGGAUCUGCUGCAAGGGUUUUUUCUUGUUUUAUUUGUUUGCUUAUUUUUAAAUUAACCGUUUCAAGCUUUGAAUACUUAAGGCUUUAGAGGGAGAACCCAAUUUGCAAAUUAUGUUGGCUUUUUAUAAAGCUUGAGUUAUGUAAGAUUUAAAUAAAAGUUUGCUACCAAGAUGAUUGCCUUAUUUGAAUAGGUCACUAUUAAAUUCCUUUAAAUGUCGAUAUCUGCUAUUUGUGGAAACAGUGUAAAUUCUACUUAAGUGUAAAACAAGGCAAGCCUCAGACCAGCAAUAAAUUAUUCAGUUGGGAUAACAUUUUGUGCUGUUACUCAAAUUUGCCAAAGUCUUUAUCUGCCCAUUUAACAAGCUGGGUUAAAAAUAAAAGAUACUUUGUAGUCAAUCUGUUAACAGUUUUACCUAGAUAAAUGUUUAAAUAAUGAAACUUCUCAAACAUUAAUUUCAAGAAAUAGCUCCUAAUGCUUGGGAUCUUGUUUUGAUAAUCCAAUUUCUGAAAGUCAGUGUAGUGUUGAAGUGUGGUUCAAUGAUCUUUAUAUGUUGUAUGAAAACAAAAGUAGUGUUUCUUUGAUCAGAAAUUUAGUGUAUUCAAAGUAGAAAAGUACAUACUGCUUUUUCUGCUGAAAGAUUGUUAUGUUUAUGCAACAGAUCCUUGGUGAACUCAGUUGCUGAAUAAAAUUAGACCCAUGCUGUGGCUCAUUCCUAGCAUUCUGGGAGGCCGAGGCUGGAGUAUCCCUGGAGCUCAGGAGUUUGAGUUUGCAGUGGGUUAUGAUGCCAGUGUACUCUAGCUGGGCAACAGAGCAAGACUCUGUCUAAAAAAAAGAAACUAAGUUACAGCCAGCAGUCAUUCCCCCUCUUUGUAGCUAGUGGGGUCAUGUAGUAAUUGGUUAGUUCAUCUUUGUAAAUUCUAUACUUUGUGUAGUUUGGUUUGAAAAACAAUUAAAUGGGUAAACUAAAAGCUUUCUGUACUUUAUUAUGGAUCAAGUGUAAUGAAUACUGUGGAAAACAAAUUAGAAUACUGCAAAUUUGUAGGUGUUACUGGGUUAGCGGUUAGUCUAUUCAUUCGCGAGCCUAAUUAGUUGAAAUUGCAGUUCAAGAAGUGAAUUAACCCUAUGAUCCUUUAUUCAGAUGUUAUUUCACUUAAAAGCACUUAUUAACCUUGAUCUAAAACCAAGAUGUAGAUUAAUUGGCUCAGCUUAAAUGUUAGGACCUGUCCCUGGUUAAGGUGCCAUGGGUUGGAUUGUAAUAGGGCAUGGUGGUACACUACUCAUUGUGCCACAGAUGUGACAGAAAGCUCGAUACUGUAGGGUUGGUUUGUAUGUUCAGAUAAUCCAGAAACAUCUAAUAAAAGGCUGAGUGAAAAAAUUUGAGUCAAAUAUCUAGGUGUCAAUCACAGCAGGUGAGAGAGUACUUGAUAACAUGCAAAAAGCCUUGUUUUUAAGAAAUUACUAGGCUUCCUGUUAAAAAUCUUAAAGCUUAACCUUAGAAAUACAAUGCCCCAAAAGGUUGAGGUUUCCAUUAUCUUUCUUUCUUUGAUACCUUGUUUUAGAUGUUUAUAAAAAAAUGGAUUUAUUUUUCCAAUAUAAACUUUAGAAGUUAAGGGAAGAAAAUUAUGUCUGUAAUUAUAGUUAAUUAUUUUGCCUAUUGAAAGAAGUAAUGACUUUUAAAAAUUGGUUUUGACCAAAGUUCUCUUGUUUUCAGGGAAAGAACAUAAAAGCUUUUUGAACCACAGCCUUUUAAGGAAGGGGGGAGCUUAUUAAAAUGUGAAGUUUGGCUUUCUGAAAGUAUGCAACAUCCUUCAGCUGGGCUCACUUCUGUUAAUGUGACAUCAUAUGGUAAUGGGCAGGUUUGACUACAUUGUUAGCUGCCCCAGUAAGUGGGUAAUUGUAUAGGUAAAUGCCUGCACCCGUAAACAUUUUCUAGUAAUAGCAAAGACCAAUUUGUUAAAAAGUCUAGUCUUACUCCAUGCCAGUAGACCCAAGUCAUUGGAGGCACUAAACUACUGUAUAACAUCGGCCCACUUGAGAA